GACAUUGUGUGGCUGGUCCAUGAAUUAACAGGAAGUUACCUACUUAUACGACAGUGAACGUGUUUUAUAUUUAUUUGAAAAGUGAAGAGUGCAAAACAAAAAUGGCAUCAAUUAAUGCGCCUCCGGUACCUAACCGUAUGACACUGCAGUAUUAUACGAAUCGGCGUAAAGGAGCUGCUCAGGGGCAUUCUUUGCUGAAAAAAAAAAGUGAUGCUUUGUCUGUUCGUUUUCGAAAUAUUAUUAAAGAAAUCAUUCAGACAAAGCGUGAAAUGGGAGAUGAUCUUCGAAAUGCUGCGUUUGCGUCUGCGAAAGCGACGUACGCAGCUGGGGACUUCCGAACAAAAAUUAUAGAGAAUGUGAAGCAACCAUCUGUUACUCUUUUGUUACGAGAAGAUAAUGUUGCUAGUGUUAAGCUUCCUAUUUUUACAAUAACAAGAGAUCCUAGCCUAGAUGUGAUGGGAAAUAUUGGUUGUGUUUCUGGAGGUCAAGUCAUUAAAGCAGCAAGGGACCGUUAUGUUGAAGCUUUGAAUGCUUUGAUUCGUUUAGCAUCUUUACAGACAUCUUUUUUAAGUCUUGAUGAAGAAAUAAAAAUGACGAAUCGACGUGUCAAUGCAUUAAAUAGUGUUGUUUUACCUCGUAUUGACGCAGGUAUAACAUAUAUUACUCGAGAAUUGGAUGAAAUGGAACGUGAAGAAUUUUUUCGAUUAAAAAAAAUACAAGAAAAAAAGAAACGUAAAGCUGAGGCAGAACAUCAAAAACAAUUAACACUGACGGGUAACGCUAAGCACGAAAUGCCGAUCUCUAUUUUAGAUGACAAAGAUGAGGAUAUUAUUUUUUAAUAGAUAAAAAAUUAAUUGAAUACAAAUUCAUUUUGAUAAACAUGCACACUUGAAAAAGAUUAAAGCUUUAAAUCUUCUGUGACUUGACUCACAG